UUAAGGACUUUGUAAAUAAAUAGCAAAGAUUCACCACUAAACAGUGUUUACGAAGUAAGAAUUUUUCUUCCAUUGGUUGUCAAAAUGGUCUAACAUGGCAAGGAACCUUACCGACAUUGGGGACAAGCCAAAUGUCAUCUCAACAUGGGAGCUGUGGCCAAAAUUUGGCCCCUACCUUCAAGAUCCACGAUGGGGACUUGUUUGUACAUGGCGGAGUUCAACCGCCCAUUCUAGAUAUAAAACCAUCUCAGACACAUGUCGGUGACUUUGGUGGUGGUGAUUCAUUCAAACUGGAUCAAGUACCAUCGUCUCCUCUCCCACCCCCAAUGACACCCCUAGUGAGAAGACAAUGAGAGGAUUCUGGUGGACUCAAACCACCUAGAGCUCAACAAGGGGGAAUAAAAAGUCUAAUACCAACAAGCUGAAGUCGAGAUGUCCAUUUGGGGGCAUGUGGUAUCCAAGAGGCCACAAAAUCACAAGCCACGCAUGUUUGUGAAAAACAUUCUAAUAUGGUUAAGUCUGGACAGGGGGCACGCCACCAACCGCUUGAAGUCGAGAUGCCCAUUUGGGGGCAUGUGUUGUCCAAGAGGCCGCAAAAAUCACAAGGCACACAUGUCUGUGAAAAGCCCACUAGUAUGGCUAAAUCUGGACAGGGUGCACGCCAUCAACCACAUAUAGUGGAUGUGGAGGCAUAUCCAACAAGUCACGACAUGAGAAAGCCACAAAAAAUUACUGCAGAUCUAAAAGUUUAGCUAACUAUGGAAAAACUAUGUCUAAGAGGCCACAUGAUUUCCAAGCCACACAUGCAUGUGACAAGCAUGCUAGUUUGGCUAAGUUUGGACAUGGGGGCAUGCCACCCACCAUGAAGUAUGGAGUAGGGGCAUGUUCGGGAAGAAACAACAGGUACAAUCCACCCAUGGCUUUUGUAAGUGUGAAAAUAAGGUUAGCUACUAAGUAAAGACAGGAGAUUAGAUAUCAUAGAGUUCAAUUCCCGUUCUCAACCCAUGAAUAAUAUAGUCUGGAAAAAGGGCAAGUACAUGUCACCAACCAUGAGGGGUAGACAAGAGGAUAUGUAUAGGGAGUCACAAUACACACCAAUGAAAUAUGAUUGCACAAAGAGUUAAGGAUGAUUGUGCUCUAAGUAUAGGGGUCAACAAAACUUAGUUGUUGAAACACAUAAUUAAAUGGACCACAUGUGUGGCAGUCGACUUGGCAAACCUAGGCAUGGUCUCCCACAACAUGAGGAGAGUAAGCAUGUCUCAAUUGGGAGACAACCAAUGCAAAGAAACACUCAUGGUUAUAUUGACACGUCAAGUAAAGUGACCACGGUAGAGGAGUAUGGGAACUCAUGCAAGACAUGUCGAUCAGGUACCGUCCACAAGUAAGCUGAAAAGUUCAAAACCAAUGUGUGAAGAGUCAUCUCCCGUGAAGGAAAUGAGUCAUGUGGUUUAUGGAUGGCUUGCCUGGUUUAAUCCAUGGACUUGGCCGUGGGUGUACACCUUUGACACAUUAGUUGUUACCAAAGACCAUAGAGAGUAGUGGUGUGUGUAACCCCUUGCUUUAUUGUGGGAGAGCCACUAAUGUCACCUCUGAGAGAGACGGCGUUUGCCCGGCGGGAGGAGUACUGGUUAACUUUGAUGGGUCGUGAAAGAAAGAAGUGGGAGGCGACAUUGGCUUUACUGGUUUUUUCGCAUCGGGUGAGCUUCUCUUUGCUAUUGGAAAACACUAUUCUGGUAUAACCGAUCCGUUUCUAAUGGAAGUGCUAGCUUUACGUGAUGCGAUUACUUGGUGUCUUACGCAUGGGUUCUUGGUUGUGAAUUUUUGUGGAGAUUCUCAAUUAUUGACUCGGAGGGUGCGGGAGAAAGAUGUAGCCCAUGCUGCCGGAGGAGCUCUGCUGGAAGCAAUUUGUAACUCCUCUGCAUCUUUUUCUUUUUUCUCUUAUACUUUUACUCCUAGGGUGUUCAAUAGGGCUGCCCACUUAGUGGCUUCUAAUGCCCUCUCAUCGCUAGUUCGGCUAGCGACCCACUGCCGCGUCUGGCUAUUAAAUAUUUUGUAAUAUCUAUUAUAUACCCUAUCUAUGCAAAAAAAAAAACCUUGCUUUAUUAAAUAACUAAAUUAUAUAUUUUUAUAAAUUAAAAAAAGCCAUAUCAUGGCUGAAAAAGAUAGAGAAAACUACCAAAGUGGCAAGUUUAGAUCCGAGUAUUAGAUUUAGAUAUCAGGACCUUGCCACCAAGUCAUCGAGAUGGCUUGACAUACCGAGCUUGGCUUGGUUAUUGGGCAUGCCACGCCACCUCGCCUAGGUAGACACAGAUUUCUUAUGUUAGCCAUGGUGUGAGGGCAGGUUUGUUUGGAUAUGAGUGGUGGCUAAAGAGCAAUGUGGGAAAGUGUGUUUGACACAAUCCACUAGUAAGUAAGGGAUAGCCAUAACUUAUUAGCUGAAGUUGAGGCCAACAAGGAAAGAUAAGAGGCUAGUUUGUUGUGAUGGAUUGUCAAGUGACAUCUAGCCAAAGUAUGUAAAAGUAAAAUAAAAAAAAAUAUUCUCAUGGCUCGCAUGAUUAAGAUAAGUGGCAUGCUAGCCACCUGAGAGAAGGAGGCCCAUUAGAAUGUAUAGAAAAAAUUCUAAGUAUUUUUUACCUCAUCGUAGCCAUGAAGGAUAAAAAAGCUGAAAGAGGAGGCGAAGCGACUUGUGUGGAUAGGUUAAAUAGGGUGGGGUGCUGAUUUAAUAAAAAAAAUCUUUUAUG